AUGAUCUUUCACCUAAACAUCCUAAAUUGUACAUUAAUACCUUACAAUGUAAUGAUGGUACUAUUUAUAGGUCUAACAUCCUGUUUAGGUAGGGUUAAGCUAAAACUAGUGGAUGAUGACAAGUUCCUAGGCGCUGUCAAGGACAAGCUCCAGCUAGUUGAUUACAAAGAGGCUCUUUCCAUCAAGCUCAAUCCUAUGCAGGAUAUUUCAGAAAAGAAUUUAGAGGCCAAGGACGGAAAGGCACUUACAGAAUCGGGAUUUUGGUUCUUCCCAAAGAGCUAUUCGAUGAAGAGUAACAGCAAGAGUGGGAAACAAUCAUUUAGAAUAGUUUAUUAUGCUCCGAAUGAGUAUCUUCUAAUGAGGGGAGAUAGCUGUCUGGGGUUUGUAGAAGGAAAUAAAUUCAAGAAGGUGGACUGUACCCUUGAAAAAGCCGCCAGGUUUAGAAUAUGUUAUAAUAAACUGUGUGAGAGUUAUCUUGACAUUAAGAAUGAUUUGGAGUGUAUCAAGAUGUUCCUAGGAAUAGGAGGGAGAAGAUAUGAGGAUGACUCUAACUCAGAGGAGGGAAAGAGUGCCAAAGACAAGAAGAAAAAAGAUAGGAGCAAAAGAGAUGAAGAUUCAGAUGACAUAGCUGACUGUAAGGAUUAUAUCCAGAGAGAUAGACACAAUAAGGGCAGGCAUACAAGCAAUAGAUAUCCCUACUAUCCAGAUGGCAAAUACCCUGGUGGGGGCGAUCCAUAUAAAAGACCAUUUUCGCCCUGGAGUGGAUACGGCGACAAUGACAGAUUUGGAAAUGGUGGAUGCAAAGAGUAUAAUUACGGAUUUCCAGGCUCUGGGCCAGGACAUGACAACAGUGCGACAUUAAGACCUGAGGAUGGAGAAGAUAUUAGUGGUUUGUCUGGGGUGCUGGACGGCAGUCAUCUAUGGGGAGAUAGACCUUAUUACUGUUAG